AUGUCUCGACACGGCAAACCAUUCCUGGGCCUCGAAGGCUCUGCCCUUUCGUGGGCCAUCAGCUUGUGCUCCGCCAGUGCCUUUCUUUUGUUUGGCUAUGACCAAGGGAUCAUGGGGAGUAUCAUCUCUACUCCUUAUUUCCUCGAAGCCGUUAGCAUCUCGGCGACCGAUGCCGAUACCAUCUCUACGGUUGUUUCCAUAUACGAUGUGGGGUGCAUGGUCGGAUGUCUUGUCGCUGCAUGUUGGGGUUCAUCUCUCGGUCGAAAGCGCGCUGUCCUUCAGGCCUCGUCAUACAGUGUGGCUCAACUCAUUGUCGGGAGAAUCGUCUCUGGCAUCGGGAAUGGAAUGAACACUGGAACAGUACCAACAUGGGUCUCCGAGACGUCCAAAGCCAAGCAUCGAGGGCAGUUGGUCGCAACUCAGUUGUCCAUUGCAGCAUUUGGCAUUGUGAUUGCAUACUGGAUGAAUUAUGGCUUCUUUCACCUCACUGGGCAGGUGGUGUGGCGCUUUCCAGUUGCUUUCCAAGCCGCGUUUGCCAUUCCCACCAUUUUCGGUCUCUUCUGGCUCCCAGAAAGUCCACGAUGGCUGUAUUCGAAGAACCGAAAUGAAGAGGCAGACAUCGUCAUGUCAGCCUUGAAGGGUCUUCCAAUCGAACAUGAAGUGAUUCAAGCUGAACGCAGUGAAAUUCUCGCCGCAAUUGCUUUGGAAGAUCACUUUGGUGAAUACAGUCUGAAAACCAUCUUCUAUGAUCGAUCUGGUCAGAAGAUCCCUCAGCGAAUGGCGUUGGUCUUCAUUAUUCAGAUGAUCCAACAACUGCCCGGUGUCAAUAUUGUCAUUUAUUAUUCCAGCACUGUCUUCUUGCAACUGGGGAUAUCUGCCAAUCUUUCCCUGGUCUUGGGCGGCGUUGCGUCUAUCAGCUUCUGGGUGGGUUCACUGUUUGGCAUUGCGCUUAUCGAGCGCGUUGGACGGAAGAAGCUGCUUGUCUCUGGGACAAUUCCGAUCCUGAUUGGGUAUUGCAUUUACACGCCCAUGGUCAAGAAUGGAGGAACAGCACAACUCUGGGUGGCCUUCGGAGCGACGUGCUUGAUCUGUGUGGCCUUCGGUUGGAGUUGGCUGCCGACGCACAUCGGGAAUGCGCUGAAUGCCUUUGCAAACUGGACCUUUACUUUUAUCAUCGUCAAGGUGGGCCCGAUUGGCAUUGCCAACAUUCACUGGCGAUUAUACAUCGUAUUCAUAAUCUUCACCUUCCUUCAAUUGCCCAUCGUCUGGUUCCUAUAUCCCGAAACUCGUGGUUUAACCCUUGAGGAGAUCGACACAGUCUUCGUGAAAGAUCAUGCGGUGACGGAUGCCCUUGCAGAAAAGGCGGAGCAUGUGCGCCAUUUGGAGAGCAAACAUGUUGAUGUUACUUCAAUAGAUGCUGCGUAG